GAAGCAACAAAAUUAAAGAUACACAUUCACUUACUCUAUUCUGAGAGUUCGAGCAAAAUGCUUAUAAGCAAGGUUAUUCUCUUCCAAAUAUGCAGUUAUUUCCUGUUAGUUGAGCUAACACACGGCAACAAUCAGGCAUUUCAUCGGUCUAAAUUAAGGACUCAAGGAAGAUCUGGCGCCAAGAGGGUUAAUAGAUGCAUGCAAUUCAAGAAUUUAUUAAAGCAAAAAGGUAGUCCGGCAGCAGAAGCACCUAAAACUUCACCGUGUAAACUCAAAAAAAUCAAGAAACAAAAAUGUACGCAUCCCGCAUUGCAUGGAAACUACAAAGAGCCAGUAUACCCGACGCGUGGAGGAUAUUCAGAAUAUGAAAGACCCGCUCCGGCGGCAGCAAGCGUUCAGUCGGUUCAAACACUGUCUUUAAAUCUACUAUGGAAGCUGAUUGUUCAAAAAAAUUAUUCUCAUGGGUCUCCAAAAAACAUUUCCUCAUCAUUUAUUCACUCGGUUAAGCUUCCCAAUGUGAAUGAUAAUUUCUCCUCGCCAACGGAACCAUCUACCAAAUCAGAAACAGAGGCAAGUUCCUUGGAUUCUACUUCACCAUCCUCUUUGAAUAUUCUUCCAUCGAAUAAUAAGCAGGAUUCCGCAACGGAUAGUCAAACAAUUCAAUCACUGACUUUAAAUCUAUUAUGGGAGCUGAUACUUCAAGGGAAUGAUUCUACUGUAUCACCUAAGAACAUUUCUUCAUCAUUUAUCCAAUCGGUUAAACUUCCUAAUGUGAAUGAUAAACUCUCCACGUCAACCGAACCAUUUACCAAACCAGAAACGGAGGCCUUAAAUCCAUUAUGGGAGCUGAUUUUUCAAGGAAAUGAUUCUACUGUGUCGCCAAAGGACAUUUCUUCAUCAUUUAUUCAAUCGGUUAAACUUCCCAAUGUGAAUGAUAAUCUCUCCACGUCAACCGAACCAUUUACCAAACCAGAAACGGAGGCCUUAAAUCCAUUUUGGGCGCUGAUUCUUCAAGGAAAUGAUUUUAGUGUGUCGCCAAAGGACAUUUCUUCAUCAUUUAUUCAAUCGGUUAAACUUCCCAAUGUGAAUGAUAAUCUCUCCACGUCAACCGAACCAUUUACCAAAUCAGAAUCGGAGGCCUUAAAUCCAUUAUGGGAGCUGAUUCUUCAAGGAAAUUAUUCUACUGUGUCGCCAAAGGACAUUUCUUCAUCAUUAAUUCACUCAGUAAAGCUUCCUAAUGUGAAUGAUAAUCUCUCCACGUCAACCGAACCAUUUACCAAAUCAGAAACGGAGACCUUAAAUCCAUUAUGGGAACUGAUUCUUCAAGGAAAUGAUUCUACUGUGUCGACAAAGGACAUUUCUUCAUCAUUAAUUCACUCAGUAAAGCUUCCUAAUGUGAAUGAUGGUCUCUCCACGUCAACCGAACCAUUUACCAAAUCAGAAUCGGAGGCCUUAAAUCCAUUAUGGGAGCUGAUUCUUCAAGGAAAUGAUUCUACUGUGUCGCCAAAGGACAUUUCUUCAUCAUUAAUUCACUCAGUAAAGCUUCCUAAUGUGAAUGAUAAUCUCUCCACGUCAACCGAACCAUUUACCAAAUCAGAAUCGGAGACCUUAAAUCCAUUAUGGGAGCUGAUUCUUCAAAAAAAUGAUUCUACUGAGUCGUCAAAGAACAUUUCCUUAUCAUUUAUUCACUCAGUUAAACUUCCUAAUGUGGACGAUAGUCUCUCCACGUCAACAGAACCCUUUACUGAAUCAGAAAGGAAGACAAGUUCCUUGGAGUCUACUUCGGCAUCAACUUUGAGUAUUCUUCAAUCGAACAAUAAACAGGAUUUCGCAACGGGUAGUCAAAUAGUUCAAACUUCCCAAAUAGCCCAACAGCUUCCUGAAAACCCUGAUUUAACGAAGCCUUCAUCAAUUGUUCAAUCCAUUCGAAUUCCUGAUUUAAGCAAACCGCUUUCUCAAUAUAAAGGAAACGCGAGUUCCUUGUACUCUGCUCCUAUUUCUUCAUCAUCAAUUAUCCACUCUGUCCAAUUUCCUGUUAUUUCUAAUCCCUCAAACUUUGGUCCUACACCUAAAAAUGAGUUCACUUUACCAUUUACUAAAUCAGAAAUGGAGACAAGCUCCUUGGAGUCCACUUCGUCGUCACAGUUAAUUCUUCUUCCAUCGAAUAACAAGCAGGAUUCAGCAGCGGGUAGUCAAACAGUUCAAACUUCCAAUUAUGGCCAACAGCUGCCUGAAAGGAAUUCUCAAACAGAUUCAUCAAAGUCCGCAUCAAUUGUUCAAUCCAUUCGUGUUCCAGAUAUAAACAAAUCAUCAAUGUUCCACUCUGUCAAAGUUCCAGUUAUUUCGCAUUCCCUAAUCGUUGGUGCUGCACCUGAAAAUGAGUCCACUUCAACUACAAAAAAUCUAGAAUCCGAGCGGCAACCUCUGGCAACUGAUAUCGUAAAGUCUGCUUCAUCAAUAGUUCAAUCACUUAAAAUUCCUAUUGGGAACGACCGUUUAUCGCCAUCAUCGUCAACCAUUCUUCCAUCAGUUCAUAAACGUAGUUUACCGGAACUCCAAGCUCGUUCUCCAUUAGUCCCUAAUGAAAUUUCCGCAGAAAUUCUUCAAGAUUACGUGUAACUCUGAUAAAACAAAUCAAUUUAAUCAAAAUAUAAUGUCCGAUUCCUUGAUCACAAUAUCCCAAGCAACUAUUACACAAACAAUAAUAUUUUGGUAAAAUCUUCAUUUCCUGAUAUUAAACAUCUAAUAGGGAAAUAAGUUACUUGUAAAAGCUAAUCCAUUGAAUACCGAUUUAUGAUUGUGCAAUAAUAAAAUUCUAUAUGUGCUUAAUAUUGUAUACAAAAA